AUGCCCUCACACAAUCCAGACUAUCAUGGGGGAUGGCAAUCCGUUACAUUCCAGAAUCUGGCCGAAGCCGUGACCUAUACGUGCUGCUGGAUAGAGGAUACGAUUGGUCCCUCUGAAGAAGCGGAGUAUAUUGCAUAUAUAGGCGGUAACGAUAUCCGAUAUGCGAUAUUGAUACUAGCUUGCAUGAAAACAGGCUACAUACCACUUCUCUUGUCACCUAGAAAUUCAGACAAUGCCAACAGGCAUCUUAUGAAUAUCUCCAGCUGUGAGAAAUUUAUAUACAGCGAAGAACGUCGAAUGGUGAAAGACAGAGUUGAGAAGGCGAAGCCAUCGACCAAAUCCUGGAUGAUACCUACUCUGGAGCAGAUUCUUGAGGCUCCUGUCAGCUCCCGCAUUUACCACAGCGCAUGCAGAGAGCACGAAAACGACAUCUGCCUAGCCCUCCAUAGCUCAGGCACAACUGGCCUCCCAAAGGUAGUCAAUCUUACAAACGGCUAUCUCCAAUCAACAAGAAGACUAUUAAGCAUUCAAAAGCCUCCCGGACGGAAACUGGCCCUGCCAGCUGCAUUUGCGGGUCCCACGUUGAACACAGCUCCAUUCUUCCAUAUUUUGGGUUUCUACGCUAUCUUUGAGUCUAUUUGCCAUGGAAUGACUUUUGUGAAUUAUCCAGACGGACCAAUUACAGAAGAAGGUGUUUUAUCUGCCCUAUCUACAUCUGGGGCAAGAUGCGCAACCUUUCCGCCAUCCGCUCUUGAGGAUCUCAGUAGCUCCAACGCCUUCUUGAACGAAAUUGUCAAACUCGACGUGAUACUCUAUGGUGGAGCUGCUCUAUCAUCUGAUGUGGGCAGACGACUGACUCAGCGAACUAAUGUCGUCCCCGUUAUUGGGUCUACUGAAACAGGCCCGAUCUCAUCACUUGCACCAACUGAUAGAGCGAAAUGGGAAUACUUUGAGUGGAACCCAGAAUAUGGCAUUGAUAUGCAAUCAAUCGGGGAUGGACUAUACGAAAUGGUCAUCCCUAGACCGAAAGCUCGGGAUUUCCACCCGGUGUUCCACAUAUAUCCAGACUUAUCUGAAUAUCGAACAAAGGAUGUAUUCUCUCCUCACCCACAGCAUCCAUCCUUAUGGAAAGCGGAGGCACGACUGGAUGAUGUGAUUGUACUCAGUAACGGAGAGAAGUUCAACCCGAUCAACAUGGAGAGGCAGAUUGAAAUGGAUCCACUAGUAUCACGCGCCCUUGUCGUCGGCCAAGGGAGCUUCUUGCCUGGUGUUAUUCUUGAACUUAAUUGGGCCCUUCUUGGCGAUAAGGAUUCUGAUGACCAGUUGAUUGAAAGAUUAUGGCAAAGUGUCAAAGAUGCAAACCGGUACGCACCUGACUAUGCCCAGCUUUCAAAGUCCGUCAUUCUCGUGGCUUCUCAAGACAGACCGUUCAGAACUACCUCAAAAGGUUUUACCGAGCGACAGGGUACCAUAAAAGAGUAUUCGGCAGACAUAUCUCGCCUACUUUCCAAGUCAGAAGACACCUCGUUGCGUCAAAACGUUGAUUGGUCCAGUGAUGAGCAAGUCACUUUGCAGAUCAACGGAAUGGUCUCUAACCUUCUAUCAGUCCGAGAAUUGUCUGACGAACAAAACCUCUUUUCUCUCGGAAUGGACUCUCUUCAGGUCGUACGUCUGGCCAGAAUGUUACAAAGUGCUGUCCAAUCCAUGUACGAUUCGGAACCAAAGCCAAACAUUGGGUCUCAAGAUAUUUACGCGCAUCCCACGAUUCGGCAGCUGUCAACGUACAUGCAGUCACUCAGAAGUGUUAGCAAAGUGGACCCGGAAGGAGAAAAUGGCCAAAGGAAUCAAGGCAGGAGUAUGAUAAUUGAUGAACUCAUUGAAAAGUACACCCAGAACAUUUUGCCUCCCUCUAUCCAGCGAGUGAGGCCGUCUCAGAUUCGCACCGUGCUCCUUACGGGGUCUACUGGAUCAUUAGGAAAUUAUCUCUUACACGGCCUGAGUCGAGAUCUGGGAGUUUCCAAGAUCAUCUGUUUGACUAGGGAUGCGGGAGCGGAGGAUCGACAAGUCAGAUCGCUAAAGGAAAGGGGCCUCGUUAUUCGAAAUGAGGUAGAUGUUCAGUACCUUGUCGCUCAUGAGAGCGAGCCAAAUCUUGGCCUUAGUCCAGAUACCUAUCGUGCACUCUCGGAAACUGUGGACAUCGUGAUACACAACGCAUGGAAAGUCAAUUUCGCAGAGAAACUCGACUCAUUUGAACCUAACAUCCAAGGAGUUCGUCGAAUAAUCGACUUUUGCUUAGAAAGCAAAGACAACCCUCAUCUACAUUUUAUCUCUUCGAUCGAAUCCGUGGGAGAUUGGAGUGUGCAUCACAGUGAGCAGUUACCGGAGGAUACUGUGCUCGAUCUUCGUUCUGUCCCAGAGCGGGGCUAUUUCGAGUCCAAAUUUGUGGCGGAACAAAUAUGUGACGUCGCCGCCUCCCGCUCUGACCUGUCUGUUGGAAUUCACCGAGCUGGACAACUUGGCGGGCCGACAACGAAGCUUGGUCACUGGAAUACGAAUGAGUGGCUUCCGUCUCUCAUUAAGACCUCGAAGGCAAUUGGGCUUGCUCCACGGGAUCUUGGGUGGUUGAACGUGGACUGGAUCCCUGUCGACACUCUAGCCACGAUCCUUCUUGAAAUUAUUACGGAUCACGCAAAACAGUAUACGAGCAAUCAACCGGCGUACUUCAACCUGGCAAACCCAUCAACAACAACUUGGGAGACUCUCCUUCCUGCGGUGACGAAGGCAUACGGAGUGAAGGUAGUUGAAUUGCAAGAAUGGCUUGAUGUGCUAGAUCAGAUUCAAGAUCCUUCCGACGAUGAAAUUACUCGAAUGCCCUCCCUCAAGAUCUUAGAUUUCUACCAUGGGUUACAGAACACGAGCAGGACUCUAUUGAAGCCAAGUACAGAAUAUUCCAGGCGAUCAAGCCAAACCAUGAGAAGCCUGGAACCUAUAACCGAAUCUCUGAUGGACCAGUGGAUCAGGCAAUGGACAUUCUAA